AUGUUUUACUACCCCUUAGUCCUGUUCCUGCACUUUUUUGCGGCGAGUGAGGUCCGAUCCAUGAUAAAACACAUUUUCAAGAACAUAACAUUCCACACAGUAGAAAAGUCUUAUAUGGAGAAUUGCAACUCCUUCGAUAAUGUCUUGGACAAAUUUGACGUGUUCGUGAUAGCCCACUUGGGAGGCUGGUUCAUCAAGGCACUGGCCAUUCGCAAUUUUUUCGUGUUAAAUUUAAAUAGCGUAUUAUUCGAACUGAUAGAAUUAAAAUUUCAGCAUAUUUUGCCCAACUUUUACGAGUGCUGGUGGGACCACGUCAUAUUAGAUGUCCUUGGGUGUAACUUGGUGGGAAUCCUGACAGCCUUCCUCUUUAUGAAGUGGCUAAAUAUGCCACUGUUUCCAUGGAAAGUUCCAGACAAAUUUAAACCGAAUAAAAAGGGCAUCAUAUUUCCAUCUGUAGAUAGACUGUUAAGGAAGGUGUUUACCAAUAGCAGCUCCCUGGUGCUGUUAGUUUUCUUCUCCCUGAUGACGAAUCUGAUCGAUUUAAACUUAUUUUUUUUAAAGGCCGAAUUGCAGUUGUUGCAAACGAAUUAUUUAGUACUAAUACGGGAAUUAGUCAUCGUCGCAAUUUCUUUUCAAGGGUGCAUACACCUACACCGCGCCAUUACAGAACAACUAAACCCCAAAAGCCUCUACUACACCGUUGUUACAUCGACAGUUCUCUUGUUAGAACUUUAUUUGGCCAUAAAGUGGAAACACAAUUUGGUGUCGGACAAGUCUGACCUUACUACAAUUAACAUGGUUUGGCUUUCGAUAGGUUCAACCAUUUCAUCGGCGAUAGUACUUCUCUACGCCAACGAGUGCUUAAUUUAA